UUGCGUGCUGCAUAAGCCGCGCCGGGAGGGAGGCGGGCUGCGGCUUGCCGGCUCUGGGUUGGUGGUCUUCCAACCAGGAUUGCGUGGAGCGGAGCCCCCGGCUCCCGAAGGCCCAGGACGGCAUUGACAGGCCGACGGUAUGAGUUGCAGGAAAGCCGACAGCCAGCUGGUCCCUGCUCAGCCAACAGGUGAAGCGGAUGAGAACCAGGACCCCAGAAGGCCGCGCCUAACGAUCGAGGACUUUGAGAUCGGGCGUCCGCUGGGCAAGGGGAAAUUUGGCAGUGUGUACCUGGCUCGGCUCAAGAAGAACGGCUUCAUUGUGGCUCUGAAGGUGCUCUUCAAGUCACAGAUCGAGAAGGAAGGGCUGGAGCAUCAGCUGCGCCGGGAAAUUGAAAUCCAGGCCCAUCUACAACACCCCAAUAUCCUGCGCCUCUACAACUAUUUCCACGACGCUCGGAGGGUGUACCUGAUUCUGGAAUAUGCCCCGAGGGGCGAGCUCUACAAGGAGCUGAAACACAGAUGCAGAUUCGACGAGCAGCGCACAGCCACGAUAAUGGAGGAGCUGGCAGAUGCCCUGAUAUACUGCCACGAGAAGAAGGUGAUUCACAGGGAUAUUAAGCCAGAGAACCUGCUGCUGGGCCUCAGGGGUGAGGUAAAGAUCGCAGACUUUGGCUGGUCUGUGCACACGCCCUCUCUAAGGAGAAAGACAGUGUGUGGGACUCUGGACUACUUGCCCCCAGAGAUGAUCAAGGGGCGCAUGUACGACGAGAGAGUGGAUCUGUGGUGCAUCGGGGUGCUGUGCUAUGAGCUGCUGGUGGGCAGUCCUCCUUUUGAGAGCCCCACCCCCGCCGAGACCUACGAGCGCAUCCUCAAGGUGGACAUGCGUUUCCCCCCAUGCAUUCCUGCUGGGGCCCAGGACCUGAUCUCCAAGUUGCUCAGACAUAACCCCUUGGAGCGAAUGACCCCGGCCCAGAUUCUGAAGCACCCUUGGGUCCAGGCCCACUCCCGGAGGGUGUUGCCUCCCACAACUCAUAUGGUUUCUUGAGCCGGGUCGGCCCUGUUUCUUGGUUUGAACGGCUACCUGGCUCUGCUACAUCACCUGUCUUUUGUGUUUUAUGCUGUAAGAUAAUAAUUAAUAAAAGUGGACUCAUUUUGCACCA